UCCGAAAGUCCGUUGUAUGCAUCCGGUCUACUAACUGCACGUCUGUUUUGAAUCACCGGUAUUCCCAUGUAGAAUGUACACAUCAGCAAGUGACAGCUAGGCUGUUACAUGUAUUAGUGAUUUGAUUUUCAACAUCAUGAAUUAUAAGACGUAAGACGAUUGUUCGAGAUCUCAGUCUCGGUGUUUGAGCUUGAUCAUGGUUUCAGCGUUCCUUUCCUAACAACAGGAUAGAUAUCUACGUUUUGUUUCAGUUCUUGUGUUAGGCCGAAUAUUAUAUUCAUAUUCCUGUGUUGGCACGAGAGGCAAUAUAUUCAGUCUUUAAUGGACCUGUAGUGGAGUGUCAUACAUUAAACAAAGUCGGUGGACAAGUUUUCCAAGCGUCCUUUGUUGAAGUCAAGCUGGCCUGUGUGAAACGUGGAAGCCACAGGAUCUGAGUGAGCCAAACGGUCAUGGGGAAUUCUUCAGGAAAAGUUCAGGAUUUGUCGGUGCUGAAGGCAGAAAUAACUCAGCUGACACAGGGAGAAAGCUGUGAGAUGGAAUUUUGUGAGGGUGAAGACGCUGAGGCAGAACUCCACAAACAUUUUGUCCGCUGCAGGAAAAAUCCCGGCCACAAGAAAUUCAUUCCAGUUUCUCAGUUUGGGACACAGCACCUGCCAGCCUCGGACGAUGCAGAUGGCGCAGUCGCUAUGAUCAAGAAACUAGCCGUGGAUACGGUCAAGUUGAUCGUCAGGUACACGUCAAAGAGUCGCCCUGACAAGUUCGGACUUCCCACUCUGAAGGGAAAACGCACUCCCCGAUUUGGUAGUGGUGUUUACCUACCUCCGUCCGACUCGAUGGAGAACCAGCCGUGCCCCCUCAAGGAUUGUCCCUUCUCCAAAGAUGACCAUCUGGUCACUGCCACGUUUUCAGUUGUCACAGCAGCUCACGUGGUGUACGAUGAUGAUGAGGCAGUGGUCACCUCCGUUGAAUUUUUUUAUGACGAUGAUAAAGAUAGGUCAGGGGUGGUGACCGCUGUAGGUGUUCAAAUUCGGUUUGUCGACGAAGGAGCUGACUUAAGCAGUUUGAGGUGCAUUUCUCACGACUUGGACCUUUUUCACAAACUGGAAAGUCAUAAAACACUCACAAAAGAUGUGAAAUGGAGCAUGUCCGAUCCCAUGGCUGUUCUAAUUUCCCAUCCCCAUGGUUGCUCUAAACAGAUAUCUGUCGGGGAUGUAGUGGAAAGGAAGGAACUGACUCCACCUCAGCGUCCGUCAUUUCUAAGACCGUCUUUUAAAGACGGAGAAGAAGCUAAAGCAAUGAAGAAUGCAAGUGCCGAUGCGAAGAAAUGCCUGGCUGUUUUGCUGGAAAAAGUUUUCGGACUAGAUAAAGCUAAUACAGAAGGUAGUGGUGAAGAUCAGCUCACGAUCGCUCUGCAUGGGUCGUUCCUGGGAGAACUUAGAGCCGAGGGGUGCAUCGUUUCUGUGUCGGAGUCCGAGAGAGAUUUCUGGCAGAAAGUCUUAGUUCAAACUGGCGGUACGGACAGCUCGUCCUCUGACGCAGAUUUAGGAUAUGAUAGGAGUUGGCUGACCGGGGUAAUGAAUGAAGUUUUUUCUCCACCCGUGUCUAAUUUUCUCGCUGCUCCACAAAAAGCGUUUAGUAUAGAGGCCUUGGAGAAAGACCCUGUUGCAGUCUUAGAGCUUUUGCUGGGGCCCUCUCAGGAACAGGAAACCUAUGCUCCCUCCUCCUACGGCAAUGUGAAAAACCUGACAAAGUUCCGACAUAUGUCCUACUCCAUCCCGUCGUGUCCUGGCUCGUCUGGAGGACCUGUGUUUUGUUGGAGGAGAGACGGAGACGAACUCAGAGUCUCCUCUGCCCCUCAUAGCCGAGCGGGCAACAACAAAAAUGUCAGUGGGCUCUCUGUCCAAACAGAUUGGGUUCCCUCCACCUCGACAUCGUCAUAGAUAACACUGAAACAACGAACUCACCAGUGUGACGACAUCAUAGAUCACACAGAACCAACGAACUCACCAGUGUGACGACAUCAUAGACCACACUGAACCAACGAACUCACCAGUUUGAAGUCAUCAUAGAUAACACUGAACCAAUGAACUCACCAGUUUGAAGUCAUCAUAGAUAACACUGAACCAACGAACUCACCAGUUUGAAGUCAUCAUAUAUAACACUGAACCAACGAACUCACCAGUUUGAAGUCAUCAUAGAUAACACUGAACCAACGAACUCAUAAGUUUGAAGUCAUCUUAGAUAACACUGAACCAACGAACUCACCAGUUUGACGUCAUCAUAGAUCACACUGAAUCAACCAACUCACCAGCUUGACAUGAUCACAGUUUACACAAAUCAAAACUAACAACUUUUCCAGUUUAGAAAUGAUUCUCUAGAGUGUGGAUCAGUACAUGUACUAGAUUUAUUUAAAAUUGCCUUUGUGAAGUCUUUGCUGUUAAAAAUUUUUUAACAAAUCUAGAUUAGAAUGUUUUAUUCUGUAAAGAAUCAUAGACCGGUUUCAAAUCUACUGUUUCAAUCUAAAAUCUUUGAAAGGGUCAUUCUCUUCCAACUUAAUCUUCACUUACAAUUACAAGUGAACAAUCUGUUAGUUAGCACCAUUCCAGCCUGUUUAUCGAGCCUACCACUGCACAGAAACAGCACUUCUUACGGUCAUGAAUGACAUGCUUGCUCACUGUGAUUCAGGAAAAGUUUUACUGAGCCUUAGAUAGCUAUCAGUAGCUUUUGAUGCAAUUAACUGACCAUGAUAAUGUAUUGUUGAAGUGAUUGGAAAUGUUCUUGAAAAUUAUGGGGCUUUCCUUAGUUGGUUUUGUUUUUAACCGAUCAAAUCGAACCCAUUCUGUAAAUGGCAAAAGUUUUCAGAUCAUGUUCUUAUGUAUGGGGUUUUCCAGGGUUGACACUAAUCGCAUGAAAAUUGGUGAUGCGGAAAUCUGGGGGGGGUAAUCAGUCGAACAGUGGGAUGCUUAACUAAUUUCUGGUAUAUGAUGCAUUUUUGUACACUUACACGAAGCAAAAGGUCGUCUUAUAUUUACGUUACAUGAAGGCCCUUAUUUAUAUUUUAGCUCUAGUCUCGACUUUAAGAGUCAUUAAUGUAUUGACAGCGGAUUUAUCAUAGACUAUGCGUUAUUUAGUCGUGGGAUAUUUGAAGUAUAUGUACAUGACGCAUUUUUGUGUACACGAAUCAAAAUGUUGAUUCAUUUACA